ACAACUAAAAAUAGAUAAGUGGCUAUAAAGUCUACACACCCCUGUUCAAAUGGCAGGUUUUUGUUAUAAAAAAAUUAAACCAAGAUACAUUUUUAAACUUUCCACGAUUAAUUUGAUCUAUAAGCUGUACAACACAAUUAAUAAAAAAAUAUAUAAAUAUAAUCAAGAGGGGGGGCACGGUGGGCGACUGGUUAGAGCGUCUGCCUCACAGUUCUGAGGACCGGGGUUCAAUCCCCGGCCCCGGCUGUGUGGAGUUUGCAUGUUCUCCCCGUGCCUGCGUGGGUUUUCUCCGGGCACUCCGGUUUCCUCCCACAUCCCAAAAACAUGCAUGGUAGAUUGAUUGACAACUCUAAAUUGCCCGUAGGUGUGAAUGUGAGUGCAAAUGGUUGUUUGUUUGUAUGUGUCCUGCGAUUGGCAGGCAACCAGUUCAGGGUGUACACCGCCUCCUGCCCGAUGGCAGCUGGGAGAGGCUCCAGCACACCCGCGACCCUAGUGAGGAGAAGCGGCUCAGAAAACGGAUGGAUGGAUUAUCAAUAGGGGAAGUAAAAAUAAACUGAAAUGAUGUGGUCGCACAAGUGUGCACACCCUCUAAUAACUGGGAUGUGGCUGCAUUCAGAAUUGACAAAAUCACAUUCAAACUUAACGUUAAAAGGGAGUCCGCACACCCCUGCCAAGAUUUAAAGUGUCUGAUUAAACUCCAAAUAAACUUGAGCUGUUAGUAGGCUUUUCCUGACAUUAUUUGAUUUUAAACAAUUGCACUAUUUGAACGUGUCCGUGAUUUUUGAAUGGUUAAAAUUAGUAUUUCAAUACAGGCAAAUAAAUUGGUGACUUGAGGUGUAUUAAUGCUGACCUUUUUUUGCAAAGUGUUGCAAAAUGUUCCUUUCAUUAAAGAUAUGAAUGAUUAUUGAUUAUUUGGUGUACAUGCAUCAUUAAUCAGUGUAACUGGCAACAAAAUGUAACAAAAACAUUUUACAUUCUCCAAUGUAUUGGAUAUAUCAGAUCCUUCCAGUUGGAUGGCAUUUUGUGCCAUUAUACAAGCACUACAUAAGUGAAAUAAAUGCAAUAGUACUGCAUUUAAAUUCCACCAUCUUGAGGGCACUAUGAGUAGGUGAGACUAGAGUGUGAAAUAAAAGGGAUCUUCCACUUUUUACAAAUCCUGACUCAAAUGUCUGAAAUAGUUUCUUCUUAUUUCAAAAUCUGACGCUGGGGUUGCCACUUUGAUGACAGAAUUUGAUUAAAAAGCAACAAUAUAGACCUUAGCAAAGUUGUCAUGUGUCUUCACAUAAAGCUUCUUUCCGUUUAUGGAAGAUUCCAUUUCUGGGAGCUAUGGGAGAAUGUAUGUUUUCUUUACUGUGUAACACACUGCAGCAUUUUGCAUGCCUUAUGACUUGCAAAGCAGCACGACGCCAUCAGUCCUAAUGUAGGCUUCAGCUCCUGAAACAGUCUGUAAAACAAUAUUUCUUUAGAAGACAAAAAAUAUUGUCAUGUGCAACUGCAUACAUGAUGAACAUUCCCCCAGUUAUUGUCUAAAAUAUACAUCAGUUAAAGGAAGCUCUUCAAAGUACAUAAUUUUUUAUUUUAUUUUUAAAUUGUACUGUGUGUAGAUUUAAUAUCUGGGCUACUCAAUUACUCUUCUUUGUUCAUCACAUACUGCCUCUACCUAGAGAGAGAGGGAGAUAGAUAGAUAGUUACACUACAAUCUAUAUAUUUUAUAUGUUCUCUUGUUUAAAAGUAUAUUCACAGUAAAUGCGAUCCACACUCUCCAUUGUUAUAUCAACUCUGUUACUUAAGCCUGGCAAGUGGAUGAAAAGUUGACAAAACUGAUGGAAGCCAGCCUCAAUUUUUGAUGUGCGGCGACAACUUGUUUACUUUUAGCAUUACGGUAAAACCCGAUUUGUAUGUCAAAGUUAAAGUCAGGUUUAUCGCCUUCGUUUUACUUUUCCACUUUUAUCAAUUUUAAAACCAAGAACAGACAUCAACUGUAAAUUAUUCCCGCCAAUGCAUUAUAGCCGUAAUUUAUAAUCUCAAAACGUAAUAACCGAAUUUGUUAGAUUUUAUUUUGGAAAGCAUCUUGAACUUUACCGUAUUGCUCAGUUUAGGCCAAUAGUGAUAGAAGGUUUGGAGAGGGGUGGUCUUGUUCUAAGUUGACUGAUCAACUCGAGUGACUGACAAAACCUGUGUACGACACACCAGAGAUCCGAGAAACAUGGCGGCAGAGACCAAGCGCACCGUGUACCAGGGCAGCGAGCUCCAAAGUUUUCGCUUCUAUCUUCAACACACGGGCGAGCACGCAGCCGUCCUCCACAUUCUCCAGAAGCACUUGCCAAUGGAGUUCCAAAAAAUUGCAGCAGAUAAAAGCAGUCUGGGUGUUCUCGGUGUGGGAAGUGGUGGAGGCGAGCUCGAUGUCGAGAUGCUGUCGCUCCUGCUGUCCACUUUCCCCACUCUUCCCAUCACUGCCGACAUUGUUGAGGGAAGCACUGAAUUAGUUGCCAACUUCAAAGCAUUGGUAGCAAAGACUGAUAACCUUCAGAAGAUACCAUUUACUUGGCAUGUCAUGCUAAGUAAGGAGUACAGAAUGCAAGUCAAAGAUGUGAAGAAAUAUGACUUCAUUCACAUGAUUCAGAUGAUUUACUUCGUUGACGACCCGACAGAAACCAUCAAAUUCUACCACAGCCUUCUGAAUAAGAAUGGCAUGCUUAUGAUCAUUGUAGAAAAAGCCACCGAGGGUUGGGACAUUCUCUGGAGGACUUUCUCAAAGGAGUUUUGCUCUGAGGCCCUCCCCGUGUAUCGUUCAUCCAAAGAGGUCAUCGCCUCCGUGAAGACUCUGGGUCUGAAAUACGAGGAGCAUUCCAUCCCCAACACCUUUGACAUCACCGAGUGCUUCGAUCCAAACAGCGAGACUGGACAGCGUCUGCUUCGUUUCAUGACAGGCACCGAUUUCACGUCGUUCACGCCACAAAUAAGAGCUGAUAUACUGAACCUUCUCAGGAGCAAGUGUAGCACUGAAAAGGAGGGCAAGAUACAUUUCAACAGUAGUUUGAGCUGUGUAUUUGUUCAUGCUUGAGCCCGUCUCCGGGAGAGAUAAGCAUCAUUUAUCAACUCACUUGAUGAUUAAACUGACCUGUUGUUCAGAACCCCAAUUAUAAUCAAUUUAAAUUGUUCAAUUCAAUCUGUUGAGCUAAACGCAACCAUAUUUUACACAAAAUUAGUACUACCAGAAAAGUUGUAAUUUUUGUGUGUGUAAUCGAAUUGCUCUGUGUCACAAAGCCAGUUAUUUUGGUGUAAAAUCAGCCAAUGUUCUUCAGGACAAUUGUGGCUUAGGUGCUCAUAUAAAGUGGGAACUUUUGCAGUGUGACUCAACCUAAAAUAUUCAUUAUCAGAAGUAACUUGUACAAUUAUACAGUGGCUGUAAAGUCUACGCACCCCUGUUCAAAUGCCAGGUUUUUGUGAUGUAAAAAAAUGAAACCAAGAUACAUUUUUAAACUUUCCAUGAUUAAUUUGAUCUAAAAGCUAUACAACACAAUUAAUAAAGAAGAUAUAUAUAUUAUCAAGAGGGGAAGUAUAAAUAAACUGAUGUGGUAGCACAAGUGUGCACACCCUCUAAUAACUGGGAUGUGGCUGUAUUCAGAAUUGACAAAAUCACAUUCAAACUUAACGUUAAAUGGGAGUCCGCACACCCCUGCCACUAUUUAAAGUGUCUGAUUAAACUCCAAUUAUACUUGAGCUGUUAGUAGGAUUUUCCUGACAUUUUAGCCUGAAGGUUUUGUGCCAACACUGACUGCAGCUGUUCAUAAUUUCCUCCUCCUGGUCUAAUCCCAUGGUUCCAGUUGAAGAAAAAUAGCCCCAAAUUAUCAUGCCGGCACCAACCUUUUGCACUGUAGGUAUUGUGGUUUUUUUUUGUGAUGGGCAGUGUUGUGUUUGCACCGAACAUACCUUUUGGGGUUAUGGCCCAAACAGUCAUCCUUGGUUUCACAUGGCCAUUUUCCCACGUGUGUGUGAAAGCUUUUGUUAUGGUCCAAAUAGGAGUCAGUGUUAGCACAAAAUUUUCAGGUUUCUGCUCGAAAGCAAAAAGGAAAAAAAGUCAGAAAAAUCCGACUGGAACAGUGUAUUUUUACAGGUAUUUCGGGUAAAUCAGAGGCUGUUUGAAUGGUGGCAGGUGUGUGCUGACUCCCAUUUACCAUGAGUUUGAAUGUGUUAUUUCGGAACACAGCCACAUCCCAGUUACAAGAGGUAUGCACACUUGUGCAACAACAAUUGUACUUCAGUUGUUUAUUUUAUUCUUACCCUCAUUUUUUUUAAAGUCAAUUGAGUUGUACGUGUUAUAGGUCACAUUAAUGGUGAAACUUUUUUUCGAAAUGAUUUAUCUUGGUCUCAUUUGGGUACAUCACAAACCUGUUAUUUGAAGGUGUGUGUAGACCUUUUAUAUCCACUGUUUUGGAGUCUCUUUAACCUGAGCAACUGUUGCACGUUAAACCCAGCAGAUGACAGUGCAUGUGCAAGAAUGCUGCAAACUACAUCUGCGUGCAGAAUAAGCUUUCUAACAGAAGGCACAAUGACUUAACAUUCAGGCACCGGAUACAGCUAAUAGGGGGGGAACACUAUUUGAUUUUAAACAAUUCCACUAUUUGAACGCGUCAGUGAUUUUUGAAUGGUUAAAAUUUGUAUUUCAAUCCAAGCAAAUAAAUAUGUGACUUGAGCUGUAUCAAUGCAGACCUUUUUUUGCAAAGUGUUGCAAAAUGUUCAUUUCAUUAAAGAUGGUCAUGAUGAUUGAU